AUGGAUGUGUCGGAGGCUGAUGAUAUUUUUGAUUCGGUAAUCGAUGACGAUGAUGGCUUCCUCAAAAAAUUGGAUUACUCUAUCCUAGGCGAUUUAUUCGAAGUAUGCAAGGCUGACUGUGGAUCUCGUCGUUUAUCUGUCUUGGUGUAUAUGUUGUUACGUAUUACAGGUCAAAAUUGCCGAUUUACUGACCAUGUGCUUGAGAAAAUCGGUGCUUUUCGACGUGUUCAUGCACACAAAUGGUCGGAAGUAUUCAUCUCUGGUGAUUUCGAUACCUUUACUGCUGAUGAUCGAGGUGGAAAAAUGUCUUGCUCUUUCUACGAUAACUAUCCUGAUUUGGAAGUUGAAGCUAAAGCUUUUGCUAUCGAAAGAUGCCACGAACGUGCCGAUGUAGUUGCUCAUCGAAACGAAUUUGUUUCUCAUUUUCUUCAACACAAAGAUGAAUAUUACACUAUUGGUGAUGGUGAUCAACCGAAAUGGAUUAUUCCUAGCCAUAAUCCUCGUGUUCUUAUCUUUCACGAUGAGUCAACGUUCAGGAGCGGGGAGAUUUCAGCAAAGCGUUGGAUAAUGGAAGAUCAUACACCUUUCUUCUCGAAAGGCCGAGGUCGCUCACACAUGGUCUCUGACUUCCUCGUUCAAAACCCGAAUGGACCUUUCUUUUCUUUAACCGAUGUCGAGUUUCAAAAUGCUGCUAAAAAGUUUCCUUCUCUUUCUGUUCCCACUGGCUUGAAUUAUCUCAAAAACUCAGCCACGGCUGGUAUCAAUGUCGGUCAGGAGGGAUACUUCAAUAACGAAACGAUUUUAGCUCAAUUCGAACGGUUAUUCAUGCUUCUCCUAUUUAAAGAGGCUUUUAAAGAUCAUACUGUGGAGAUCAUUCUUGACAAUGCGAAAACUCAUUCUGCUAAAACAUAUAGUAUCAAUGAUUUCGGGAAAAGUAUUGGCACUAGAUGUCCUGUUGAUUCAAUCGAGUACAUUGAUGAUAAUGGCCAACUUGUUUCAGUCCCAUGUUACUUUUCGAAAGGUCAGUACAGGGGUCUCUCGAAAGGGCUUGUCGAGUUAGCAAAAGAUCUGAAAGUAACUAUUUCACCAGCUAUGAAACUUGCAGAAAUUCGAACGCAGCUGUCUGCUCAUUUAGCGUUUCAAAAUAUCUCCAAACUCGAGUUAUUAGCUCAAAAAUAUCAUGUCAAGGUUAUUUUCUGCCCAAAAUUUCAUCGCGAGCUAAAUAGUAUUGAAGGUUUGUGGUGUGAUAUGAAGAGAUAUGUAAGAGCACAUAGUGACCAAACCUUUCCAACGAUGCUCAGUCUCAUUCCUAAAUCUCGAAUAAGUUUCGAAGAGCGUAAAAUACAAAUGAAACUUUUCCGCCGCUUCUGGAGUUCUCUCACUGCAUAUAGUCAAGGUAAAACCUAUGAAGAAGUCCUCAAACUAUUCUUCAGUCAAUUGUGCCGAUCAGAUGUUGCUUCUCAUCGAAGAAUAUCAAACAAUAAACUUUCCUAA